GGUGAAUUGUAACCGAGAACCGAGAAGCCUGUGGUUAGUUUUAAGCGGGAGAUCGAACGGAACGCGUCUCGCGGAGAAGGAACGGAGAAGACGAAAACCAGCGGACGAGGACGACGUGACAUGCCGGCCAGAUGACACGGAUAUUAUCGUCGAACAAAUCGAUAAAUCGUUUACCAUGCGAGUGGAUUGCUUGGAAUUGAAGGAUCGAUCUUGUCCCAUUGUCGAUGGUAGAACGUUCAAAGGUGGUGUGAUCCAUUCAAAUUAAUAUCGAGGUCGUGGCCGUUGGAGGGGGCAGCGGAAGUGAUAAAAGGUGCACGUGGAUAGGGCGAUGUUGGUUUGACGAAAACAAAAGUGUAUCGAACGCCGUUCUGUCUUCCUAUAGUCUACACGCUUGAACGAUUUAACAUAUAACAACGAAUUCGAUUGUGUUAAAUUUCAGUUCAGUCAGGUACGAGCGAAGUUUUGUUUUAAUUUUUGAAAAAAGAAAAAUACACAUUUAUUUUGGAAUUUAGUCGUUGUCAAGAAUGCAUUUGAGAUCCGUGAUCGUGUUCGUGUAUUUCUGCGUGGCGUACGCAAGCUGCCAGUUCUUCAACGUCAAGAAAAUCUUGAACUUCGAUGGCCUGGCACUCAAUGAGACUGGGAACGAAUUGUGGAGAGGAUUGAUCAGAGACUGCGACCAGUCUGUGACGUUCUCCUGCAUACAAAAGAAUGCUUACGCGUAUCUGGAUAAUGUUUUCGCGGAACGGGACAAUAUCACGGUGUUUGAAGGUCUGACUAUGACCAAGAACGAUUUGAACUACGGAACGUGUCGCAAAACGGGUAGUCGUGAUGACUCUAUGGACGAAAAUCUCGUGGAAGGGUCCAGCAAGGAUGACUGCGACGAGGAGGAAAGUGAGGGGGAGAAGGGGGAGGAAGAAGGUCGACAGUUCGGCGAAGAGCAGUCACCUUUGGAAGAGGUGACUAACUCAUUGCGGAAGAAGGUGGUAAAAUUCCUCGCGAACAGGGAUUAUCAGAUUCAAUUACCCGAUUUCUUCUUCGAGGGAGCUACGAUUAAAAUAAGUCCACGCGACGUGGAUGAAAACGGCGCGCUAGUUAAAUUGGACUUCGGUGGACAACGUGGCCUUGAGAGCCAAGGAAGAAUCUUCAAGAAAAUCAAGAAAUUCAUACAGAAUAAAUUGUUGACAAGCCUGCUAGCUCUGCUCAUCAUCAUCAAGCUGAUCAAAGUGAAGUUCAUGUUCGUGAUACCAUUCCUGUUCGGCGUGGGAGCCGCGAAGAAGCUUUUCCUCAAGUUGUUACUUUUCUUCAUCCCAGCAUUCGCUCACGUUUUUAAGCUAUGCUCGAGCUAUUACUCCGCGCACAGCACGAAGUACCACCAUCACCAUCACCAGAUAGCGCAUCAUCAUCACCACGUUCCAGUCCCGGUACCAGUUCCAAGCUACUACAAUCACCAUCAUCACCACCAUCAAGAAGACGAAUUCGACGGCUACGAUUACGCCCAUCCUCAUAUUCAAUACCGAAAAGAUAUCGAAGAAUUAAAAGAAUGGGGAAUCGAACCUUACGAGGAGCCUUACGAAAUUGAGGCUGGCCCAAUGCCAGCUCGGCCUCUGCCGGGAGUACAUCCGGGAGCACCUUUCCCAGUGCCCGGUUACUCUGGAACGUACGGGAUUCCUCAAUAUGCGCCAAACGCGCAUCCGAUAGUUUCUCCGUAUUUGGAGAAACGUCCGUCGCCGUCUGCUCACAAUCUGGCCUAUUCAGCGUAUGCCGAUAACAACCGCAGAACAGCGAGUCAAUCAGUUUCGCCAGCUGUCGUCAACGUUCAUUUAAAUCCCGCAAACCUGCCGUCAACGAUGCUACCAACCGCGACAAACGUCAAGAAUUCGUACGUCGCGUUUGGACAUCAGAAUGCGAGAGAAGUUUCGGCGAAGAGUGGGCCAGCGGAUUCGAAAGUAACAGUGGUUACGCAACGGCCAAAGUACGACGACGAGUACUACGGGCCGAUAAUUAACAGGCUAGAGGAGAUAUUCAAGCAACUGAGAUUCGUCGAGGAGAGUUGUAGAGAGAGGCUCGUGUGCAGCAUGUACAAGAAUCCGACUGUGUACUCGCCGCACAGCAACCUCGUUUCCAACGAGCUGUCCAGAGAUCCGCAGGAGUUAAAACGGACGGAGAUGGAAAGCUCGUCCAGCCAGAAGUUCCACAGAUAUUUCAACGCUGCCAGAUUGGGUCAAGACGGUGGAGAUUGCUUGAGAACAUACCCAUGUCACAUAAAUACCGAAUAAAACCUCGACAUCGAUUUUUCUUGCUCAUCAACGAAGACUCGCCGUGGAGACAAUUAUGCAUUGAAGUCACCGGCGCUUAUGGCGCUGCGCCGCCACGCGUUGAAGUCUCUAAUACGAGUUCGACUGGUUUGUUCCGCUAGGCGCUACAUAUUUAGGUGGUCACGAAUGUAGGCUGUUCGUUCGUGUCAAGGCCAUGGAUCGAUCGUUCUAAUAGAAGGAUGUCAGUUGAUUUCACAGCUAAUUUAUUAUUUAUAACUGUCGGUAACGAGCGAAGAUUUUUGUAACACGUAAAAGCGUUCUGAUUGUUUCUUGCAUUCGAGACGACAUUACGUGGGAUUUUUAUGUCGGGUUACGUAUUAAAUCGAGAAGAAACGUGCGCUCCGUUCGAUUUAAUUAAAUACGUUCUAUUUAGAGAUGUAAGUAGGACAUUUUUUUGGAGGAGUUGUAACGAGGAGUUUCUUAAACGUUCGUUCAGCCUCCGAUACUGUCUGAAGCUGAAUGAAAUUUACUGAUGAAAUGUCAAACUUUCGUUUCUUUGACACUUUGUCAGAAAAGUGAGAGAAACGUAUCUCCCAAAUAAUGGCCUUCGAUCGUGCACUGGACUGUGCGUUGGCAAUUAUUGUUUCACGUUUUUGUCAGAUAUGUAUUUUGUAAUUGAUAACAAUUCUUCUGUGUACACAUAAAUGUGUGCAUUUGGCACGUUAUCGUGUUACACAUAAAUGAUAAUUUAUGUAUAUAUAUAUAUAUAUAUAUAAUUCAAUCCAAGUGUAAGUCGAUACGUUAUACAUGCGAAUUUUCGAAUAGGAAAUCCUCAACAUUAGAUGCGAUGAUUUAUUUAUUUUUGGAUAUGAUUAUUUAUUGCUACGUUCUCGGGUGCCAUACCCAGCUAUUAUUUAUUGUACGCGUUAUUAACUCGAUUAUGUUUAGAACGUAGUAAGUUAUGUACUGUACAAAGACGACUUAAUACUUCGAUGACACUACCUCGAAGUUGUAACUCAUAUUGUUUUGUUCACAAUAAACGAUGUAAAAAGGA